GCAUAUUGGCAAGGGUGUCCAGCAAGCGCACUUCGCUUACUCGCAGGCAUUUUACCGCAGUGCAUCUGCAGCAUCGUCGUAGGCUAGGCUACAGAUGCGCGCAGGAUGCAAUGAUCGAGUUUCACUCGUCGUUGUCGAUCAAACGAGAGAAAUAAUUUGUUUUGUGGACACCUUACUUUCAUAUUUGUGGUCGCACUGUAAAGUAGGCUCUACUCUGUGUGGUAAUUAUUCACAAUGCCAUUCCGGUGGAGACGUAUUCUGCACAUUUGGAGUUAUUAGGUGAAUAUUUAAAGGAAUAAUCUGCUCGACGGAUAAGAGGAUAUUUUAUUCCGAAGAAAGGAUUCAUGACAGACCGGGAAAUAUCUGGACUUUUUGGGAAAAGGCGACGUCAGGACCUUCUUUUAUUGGGAAUACAUGACAAUGCAGUUCGAUUAUGACCAGGCUGCGUUAUCGAGCGAAAACCUACCAUUUGCAGCGCUCAGUAACAAAACGGGGUUAUUGUAAUCAAUCCUAUUUCAUAUAGGUCUUGUAUUAUUUCGUGACACAAACUGAUUAAUGCAAUAGCAUGUGAUUAACAACGGUACGUCAAAUUCAAGCAAGGGAAACACUUAGGCCUGCAGUUGACACUUAUAUAAACGCAUUUAAAAGCACAGAAAAUCCACGUUCCCUGUGCGCUAAUCUGGUGCAUCCUGGAUGGAAUUUGAUAGUUGCGUUAUUAACGAGAUCAAAGCCAAACCGGAACUGCUUUUAGUGUGUCCUGAUUUCUGGUCAUUAGAUAUUAGUAUCUCGGGAAAUAGAUCAAACAUUAUAACAUAGGUUUGUAAACACUGUGAGUUACAAAAUCACUAGAUUUUUCAAAAUCAAGGUGUUCCUUUUUGGUCAUGUAAAUCCGACCGUUAGAAUGACAGAAACGCGUUAAGUGACUCAAAGGCCUGUCCAAAUACAACAACAAUCAGUUGAUUGUCGCUACAUUUUAAAGAACUGUCUUCGACAUUAUACUGAACGGAGCCAAAGAUCUGAAGCACUUGUGGUGGUUACAAUAAAUUCUAUAUCAUAUAUAUUUGUCAACAGUUACUAGACCAUUUUCUAGUACAUGUCUGAAUUGGGAAUUUCUACAUCCAUCAUUAACUUAAGAAGCAGACAAGAAUUUAAGUAGGCUACAUAUUUCAUGUAAAAAUUCUUACUAAAAGAAAAAAACACACAUGAACACUUGAAUUUGUCUUUUCGGUUCAAAUCGUUCUUCAGAAUUUUAUUGGAAAUAUUUGACAUUUAUAAUUCAAACCCUACAUCCUGUUGUCAUCUGGAGAACAAAGACUCCUUAUCCUAUAUUUCCAAAUCAUCUUUAUGGGCGACGCCCCUGAGGGACAUUUUACAGUCCAGUAGUCCAGUAGACUUGUUGACUUGUACCCUCCGAAGCUCAGAGGCCUGUUGUUAGCAAAAGACAUGUUUGCUGCCCAAGUACUUCUCCUCUCCAUGCUUGGAGCUCUUCUUGUGUCCCUGAGCCAUGCAGCGUGUGCAGAAGUGGACUCGGACACAGAGGCGGUCGCAGGAAGAGGGUUCAAGCUGGGGUGCAUCUCCUGCAAGAUGAGGAGCGAGGUGGAGGGCUCGGCCACAAUCGAGUGGUAUUUCAAGGCCAAAGGAGAGUAUGACUUUGCUCAUAUAUACGACUACAAUGAGGAGGGCCCCACCAUUAUUGACGAGCGCUUUGAGGACCGGCUGGACUGGAACGGCAGCAAAAAGAGCACGGACAUUCAGGAUGCGUCCAUCUACCUUUUCAACGUCACCUUCAACGAUUCAGGAACCUACCGUUGCUUCAUCAACCGGAUCCUCACCUACCCCGCCUACGAAUACCAGACCCAGAUCACCAAGGUCAUCCACCUCACCGUGGUGGCCAAAGCCACCAGAGGCACGGCCUCCAUCGUGUCGGAGGUGAUGAUGUACGUGUCCAUCAUCGGCCUGCAGGUUUGGCUCCUCAUUGAGAUGAUCUACUGCUACAGGAAGAUCUCUGCUGCGGGGGAAGAAGCGUUACGAGAGAGCGCAAAUGCUGAAUAUCUAGCUAUAGCCUCGGAGGGUAAAGAUAACUGUGCAGGGGUCCAAGUUGCAGAAUAACCCAGGGCUCAACUGGAUCCGUAAAUGGACCUCCCCCACCGCCCCUUCAAACACACGCAUCCUGGACCAUAUACCUCCCCUCAUCCUCCUGUAUAUAAACCCUCUUGUGACUGACACGCUAGAAUGAGAGCAUGGUACCAGCAUGUGCAGUCCUACACAUAAAGGCAUGUAGCACACUGUAUUCAGAUGACAAAUCAUUAUGGCUGAAUAUGUUUUUGAUGUUGAAAUUAUAUGUAUCUAACUAUGCUACAUUUAUUAGUACUGCAUAUAUAGGGGAUAUGACUGGUUAUCAAUGAAUGCUUUAUCACAUUGAAUCCAUUGCAUAAUCCAUUUCCAUGUGUUGUAUAAAUGACUAACACAUUGCACAAAACAGUAUGAAUUGAAGGUCAUUUUUAACUGAAUGUGAUGCACUCUUGGACUGUAUUUCCAGUUUAAUUGGUCUUGCUAGACGUCAAUUCAACGAGAAUUCAAAUCUUAAAAUGUACGAUGUAUAUUCUGUGAAAUAAAAACAAUUGGAAUUAU